GACGACGAGCACGACCCGGAGACCAAGGACGUGUGCCACGGCAUCCUCAAGUGCAUUGCGCUGCGCGAGAAGUACAUGGCCGCCAACGCGCUCUUGAUGCAGCCGCAUGACGAGAUUCCCGAGCCGCCACUUACGCCGGGUGGUUCGCGCCCGCAGCUGCGCCAUCGCGACGACCUGCCGUACAACAUCUUUGACAUUGCGACACCGACGGGGUCGACGCACGCGAUCCGCGUCCAGAACGGCGUCAUCGUCGUGCUCAACGACGGCGCGACGGACCCGAUCUACACGCCGCACUCGCAGGAAGAGUUUUACGACGACUGGUUCGAGGUCAAGCGCAUUGUCAACUCGGGUCCGGUCAAGACCUUUUCGUUCAAGCGGCUGCAGCUACUCGAAGCGCGCUUCAAUCUGCACACGCUUCUCAACGCAGACCGCGAGCUCGCGUCACAGAAGGCCGUGCCGCACCGCGACUUCUACAACAUCCGCAAGGUCGACACGCACAUUCACCACUCGGCGUGCAUGAACCAGAAGCAUCUGCUGCGGUUCAUCAAGUCGCGCCUUAAGAACCACCCGGGCGAGAUCGUCAUUUUCCGCGACGGGCGCUUCAUGACGCUGAGCGAGGUCUUCCACUCGCUCAACCUCACGGCGUACGACCUCUCGGUCGACACGCUCGACAUGCACGCGUCCAACACGUUCCACCGCUUUGACCGGUUCAACCUCAAGUACAACCCCGCGGGGCAGAGUCGCCUUCGCGAGAUCUUUCUCAAGACGGACAACCUCAUCGGUGGCCGCUAUUUGGCCGACAUUACGAAGGAGGUCAUGAGCGAUCUGCACGCGUCCAAGUACCAGCUCGUCGAGUGGCGGCUCUCGAUUUACGGCCGGAAGCACUCGGAGUGGGACAAGCUCGCCAAGUGGUUUUACGUCAACCGCCUCGCGUCGCCGCACGUGCGCUGGAUGAUCCAGAUCCCGCGCUUGUACUUUUUGUACAAAAAGUCGGGCGACGUUGAGAAUUUCGAGCAAAUGCUCGAAAACAUCUUCCUCCCGCUCUUUGAAGUCACGAAGGACCCGAGUUCGAACCCGGCGCUGCACUGCUUUCUCCAGGCCGUGAUUGGGUUUGACUGCGUCGACGACGAGAGCAAGACUGAGCCGAUCCGCGCCGAGAAGGGCAAGCCGCUCCCGCCGCCCGCAAACUGGACCCACGAGCACAACCCGCCGUACGACUAUUGGACGUACUACCUCUACGCCAACAUCGCGUCGCUCAACGCCUUCCGCAAGGCCAAGGGCCUCUCGACCUUUAGCUUUCGUCCGCACUGCGGCGAGGCCGGCGACCCGGACCACUUGGCGGCCGCGUUUCUCUGCGCCAACGGGAUCAACCACGGUAUCACGCUGCGCAAGACCGUGUCGCUGCAGUACCUCUACUACCUGACGCAGAUCGGGAUUGCCAUGUCGCCGCUGAGCAACAACAAGCUCUUCCUCGACUUCCAGCGCAACCCGUUCCCGCAGUACUUUGCCCGCGGCCUCAACGUGUCGCUGAGCACGGACGACCCGCUCAUGCUGCACUACACCAAGGACCCGCUUCUGGAGGAGUACAGCGUCGCGGCGCAGGUGUGGAAGCUCUCGGGCACCGACAUUUGCGAGAUCGCGCGCAACUCGGUACUGCAAUCGGGUUUCGAGCACCCGUUCAAGCAGCACUUUUUGGGCAAAAGCUACUUUGAGCCAGGCUCCAACGGCAACGACAUUCGCAUGACCAACGUGCCCGACAUGCGCCUCGACUUUCGCCACGAGACGCUCCAAAACGAGUUUCACCAGCUGCGCGAAGUCAACAACUUGUAGGCGCCACUUCGAACCCGUCCGCCGCCGACUUAGGUCUACGAUAAAACUCUGUAUUUGCGAGAAUAGACGCACGGUGCAUGCUUCCUA